AAAGCGCAGCCAACCGAUCCGGGGAACCAUUUGAACCGAGAAAAUAGGGGUUUUCGGAUAAAUAAUAGAUGUACAAGUAGUGCCGACGCCACACACAAAAAAAAAAAGAGACAGACGCAGAUUGCAAAAAAAAGGCGAAGAGCAGCGGAAAGAGGAAGAGCGAUAGAGGGAAAGAAGAAGAACCUUUUACGUGCUGGGCGGACAAUCAGCCGGUUACCUAUGGGAAAGAAAACCCCCAACGCCCGUCACACAGAUGCCGCAACACCUUUGACCACAGACGACUCCAACUGCUCCUCCGUUUCAGCAGCUGCAUCCGGAUCCGAGGCGAAAGCCAAGCCGAAGUCUCCGAGAUCCAAGCAGUCCAAAUCGAGAUCACAGAGAAAUGCCAGGGCAGCCAGAAAUGUCACCAUUAGCAGUCUCACCAGUGACUCCGAUUCCGAUCAGGCAGUAGCCAACAGCUCAGCCAACGACGAGGAGGAGGAGGAGCAGCCAGCCGUCUGCAAGAUUCGCAUUGUGCCGCUCGAGAAGCUGCUGGCCAGUCCCAAAACCAAGGAGAGAUCCCCCCGCAAAAGUGUUCAGAAGAAGAUCACUCUGGUGGAGAGUUCCAGCGACAGCGAGGCGCUUCUGAUAAGGAUCAAAUCCCCUUUGCCAGCGCGUAAAAGGAGCGCUGCUAUCAUAGAACUAAGCGACAGCGAGGAGGAGGACGACUUGGAGCCUGUGCUGCUGGCCAAUCCCUUGCGCAGAAGGCGGGAAGAGGAUAACCAGCAAAAGAAAAGCCAGGAAGCCACCAAUAAACGGCCGGAGCAGGCCAGCACAUCCAGCGGGGCCACCAAGAACGGCAAUCGACCACAUCGGGGUUCGCUGAGCAGCGAGAGAUCCUCGAAAGCCAGCUCCUCACGAGCAGAAUCUCCAGUGAGACCCAAACGCUGUGUGGUGCGCUUGAAGCGUGUCAGCCUGCCCAAGCCAAAGCCCGCCCAGAAGACCAAGAAAAUGAGCACGGACUCGGAGGAGGCGGCCACCACCUCCAAGAAGAGCAGGCAGAGGCGAUCGAAAAGCGAAAGUGAGGCCGAUUCCGACUACGAAGCUCCAGCGGCGGAGGAGCAAGAGGAGGAUAGAAAGUCGUCCGAGGAUGAGGAGGAGGAGGCGGCCAAUAGCAGCGACAGCGAGGUGAUACCGCAGCGCAAGCGGCGUCGGAAGAAGAGCGACUCCGAGAAGGGCUCCUCCGACUUUGAGCCGGAUGAGAAGCAGAAGAAGAAGGGCGGUCGCAAGCGCAUCAAGAAGAACUCCAGCGGCGAGAGCGAUGACGAUGAAGACAAGCAGAAGAAUAAGCGCAAGCACAUACGCAAGAUCAUCAAGACCAAGGACUUGGAUCUGACAACCAAGGAGGCGGCCAAAGAGGAGGACGACCGAAGGAAGCGCAUUGAGGACCGCCAGAAGCUGUACAACCGCAUCUUCGUGAAGUCCGAGAGCGUGGAGAUCAACGAACUGGUGCUAGACUUCGAUGCGGACUCCAAGAAGGCCCUGCUGCAGGUGGACAAGGGGCUGCUGAAGAAGCUAAAGCCGCAUCAGGUGGCUGGCGUGAAGUUCAUGUGGGAUGCCUGCUUCGAGACGCUGCAGGAGAGCCGGGAGAAGCCCGGCUCCGGCUGCAUCCUUGCCCAUUGCAUGGGCCUGGGCAAGACCCUGCAGGUGGUCACCCUGUCGCACACGCUGCUGGUCAACACACGUCGCACCGGUGUGGAUCGCGUCCUGGUCAUUUCGCCCCUCAGCACGGUGAACAACUGGGCGCGGGAGUUCAACAACUGGAUGAAGUUCGCCAACCGCAACGACAUCGAGGUGUACGACAUCUCGCGCUACAAGGACAAGCCCACGCGCAUCUUCAAGCUCAACGAAUGGUUUAAGGAGGGCGGCGUCUGCAUCCUCGGCUACGACAUGUACCGCAUUCUGGCCAACGAGAAGGCCAAGGGUCUGCGCAAGAAGCAGCGCGAGCAGCUCAUGGAGGCCCUGGUCGACCCCGGUCCGGAUCUGGUCGUCUGCGACGAGGGACAUCUGCUCAAGAACGAGAAGACCUCCAUCAGCAAGGCGGUCACCAGGAUGCGCACCAAGCGUCGGAUUGUGCUCACCGGCACCCCGCUUCAAAAUAAUCUCAGAGAAUAUUACUGCAUGAUUCAGUUCGUCAAGCCGAAUCUGCUGGGCACAUACAAGGAGUACAUGAACCGCUUCGUCAACCCGAUCACCAAUGGCCAGUACACCGACUCCACGGACCGGGAUCUUCGUCUGAUGAAGCACCGCUCGCACAUUCUGCACAAGCUACUCGAGGGCUGCAUCCAGCGGCGGGAUUACUCCGUCCUGGCGCCUUAUUUGCCGCCAAAACACGAGUACGUGGUCUACACGACGCUGUCGGAGUUGCAGCAGAAGCUCUAUGGCUACUACAUGACCACGCACCGGGAACAGAGCGGCUCCGAUGUGGUCGGCAAAGGGGCACGUCUGUUCCAGGACUUUCAGGAUCUGCGGCGCAUCUGGACGCAUCCUAUGAACCUGCGGGUGAAUAGUGACAACGUGAUUGCCAAACGGCUGCUCAGCAACGACGACUCGGAUAUCGAUGGCUUCAUUUGCGACGAGACCGACGAGGAGGAGGCUGCGUCCAACUCCUCGGACAGCUGCGAGUCCUUCAAGUCGGAUGCCAGUACGUCGGGAUUGGCGGCCAGCUCGGGCAAGGUGAAAAAGCGCAAAACUCGUAAUGGCAAUGCCGGCGGUGCAGAUAGCGACUCGGAUCUGGAGCUGCUCAGCGGAUUACCCUCGGGAGCCAGUGUCCAGAAGGAUGACCCAUCGGAGUGGUGGAAGCCCUUCGUCGAGGAGCGAGAGCUGAACAACGUGCACCAUUCCCCCAAGCUGCUCAUCCUCUUGCGGUUGCUGCAGCAGUGCGAGGCAAUUGGCGACAAGCUGCUCGUCUUCUCACAGUCCCUGCAAUCGCUGGACGUCAUCGAGCACUUUCUGUCGCUGGUGGACAGCAAUACCAAGAACUACGAGUUUGAAGGUGACGUCGGCGACUUCAAGGGCUGCUGGACGAACGGCAAGGAUUACUUCCGUCUGGACGGCAGCUGCAGCGUGGAACAGCGCGAGGCCAUGUGCAAGCAGUUCAACAACGUGACCAACUUGCGCGCCCGCCUCUUCCUCAUCUCGACUCGCGCCGGUGGCCUGGGCAUCAAUCUGGUGGCCGCCAAUCGUGUGGUCAUCUUCGAUGUCUCCUGGAAUCCCUCGCACGACACGCAGAGCAUCUUCCGUGUCUAUCGCUUUGGGCAGAUAAAACCGUGCUACAUCUACCGUCUGAUUGCUAUGGGCACCAUGGAGCAGAAGGUCUACGAACGCCAGGUGGCCAAGCAGGCCACGGCCAAGCGUGUGAUCGAUGAGCAGCAGAUCUCGCGGCACUACAACCAGACGGACCUGAUGGAGCUGUACUCGUAUGAGCUGCAACCCAGCACGGAGCGCGAGAUGCCCAUCCUGCCCAAGGAUCGGCUGUUUGCCGAGAUUCUCACCGAGCACGACAAGCUGAUCUUCAAGUAUCACGAGCACGAUUCGUUGCUGGAGCAGGAGGAGCACGAGAAUCUGUCGGAGGAGGAGCGCAAGUCGGCCUGGGCCGAGUACGAGGCGGAGAAGACGCGAACGGUCCAGGCAUCGCAGUACAUGAGCUACGAUAGGAACGCCUUUGGCAACCAGGUGAUGGGCCAGUUUGGCAAUGCCUCCGGCAGCGUGACCUCCAACAAGAUAUUCGGCUUCCGGUCGGACAUUCUGCUGCAGCUGCUGAACAUGAAGAUAUCGAAGGACCAUCCGGAGCUGAACCAGAACCAGGUCAUUCAGCUGGUGCCCACCUAUCUGCAGCAGCUGUACAACGAGAUGAACAACGGCGAUCCGACCAUGUACAAGGAUCUCCUCAGCCUGCACUCAAACAUUGUCCAUCCCAGCGGGAUGUACAUGAAUCCCCUGCUCUACGCCAACCAGCAUCCCAAUGCGGCUGGCUACAAUCAGGGCACUGGCGGUCCGCCGGGGCCGGCUGGAUCGAUGCCCCCCGCUCCACAUGUCACACCUGCUCCGGGCUUCGAGCCGGACAAGGUAUACGAGAUCGACUAAGAGACGCCCGAUACCAGGAGUCGCGGAACCAAUUAAAUGGUUACACUCUUUAAUUUAAUCGUAGGUAAUUCGUCGACCUUGUCGGCAUUUCCUUUGGACUAAAGUUACAAAUGUGGUUUAUCCUAUCUAAUUACCAUUACCGACUACCUAUUACCAAUUACCCAUAACCGAGCGCAUAAGAUUAUACUUUCUAUCGACUCAUCUAAGUUCAAAACUGUCCUAAUUCAUGUGUAGACUUACAUUAGAUACAAGUAAAAGCUAAAUACGGCGUAUGAUUUAAACACGUAACAUACAGAAUAUAGACCAUGGCUAUAUGCAUACAUAAACACAUAGUGCGGAUCCGGCUAGGAGACGCAGGAAAUUAUUUAACACGCGACAAGAUAACAAAAAUAAAUGGCACACAGAUAUUAAAAUAAAAGCGUAACAAUUUCUCUCCUA